GACAAAGCAGGGAGGCCACAGGGGUCCAGCACCUGUCCUGUCACUCCUGCCUCGUUGGAAAUCCACAUACUGAACGAUGCGUGGGAGUUAAUGUUGUGCAGAUCUUGUAUGUUGAGUGGACGCGUGUUCACAGUGCGCUGCUGCUGCGGUCGCCGUUGCUGCAGAAGCAACAACUUAUUUUUGGCAUCUGACAUUAGAGCUCACCCUUAGCAAUGACACAAAGCCACGACAGCACCGGCACUUCGCUGGACCCCUGUGUUCGUCCGUCCUCUGAACACUUUGAGCAGACCAAAUAUUGAUUAUGGAUAACCUUUACACCAGGGACUGAUCGGAACGGGAUACACCUGCUGUGAGCUGUAAGCGGGAGAGCGGUUUUGUAUCUCUGGUGGUGAACCAGCCGCGUCACUCCAUCAUGACCAAAGAUGAGGAAAUCCCUGACUCUGUCGGAGCGCAGGAGUUCUACGACAAGUAUGAGACCAAGGAGAUUCUGGGAAGGGGGGUGAGCAGCGUGGUGCGUCGCUGCAUCGUCAAGCGGACGUCACAGGAGUACGCGGUGAAGAUCAUCGACAUCACCCCCUCGGACAAGACGACUCCGCAGGAGAUCGAGGAGAUCAGAGAGUCGACGGUGAAGGAGAUCGACAUCCUCAAGAAAGUCUACGGACAGGACAACAUCAUACAGCUUAAAGACUGUUAUGAGUCCAAAGCCUUCUUCUUCUUAGUUUUUGACCUGAUGAAGAGAGGGGAACUUUUUGACUACCUCACAGAGAAAGUUACUCUGAGUGAGAAGGAAACCAGGAAGAUCAUGCGUGCUCUGCUGGAGGUGGUCCAGUUUCUCCACGCCCAGAACAUCGUACACCGGGACCUGAAGCCCGAGAACAUCCUUUUGGACGACGACAUGAACAUUAAACUCACCGACUUUGGCUUCGCUGUGCAAACUCAGCCGGGACAAAAGCUCAAAGAGGUGUGUGGGACCCCUGGUUACCUCGCCCCGGAGAUCAUCGAGUGCUCUAUGGACGCAGGGAAUGCAGGAUAUGGGACCGCUGUGGACAUAUGGAGUUCAGGGGUGAUCAUGUACACGCUGCUCGCAGGAUCUCCGCCCUUCUGGCACAGGAAACAGAUGCUGAUGCUGCGAAUGAUCUUGGCUGGUAACUACGACUUCUCGUCUCCAGAAUGGGAGGACCGCUCAGACACUGUAAAAGACCUGAUCUCUCGGAUGCUGGUGGUGGACCCAAAGCAGCGUUACACAGCCAUGGAUGCUCUCAACCACUCGUUCUUUUCACAGUAUGUGGUGGACGAAGUGCGACAGUUCAGUCCAUACAGGCGCUUCAAGGUCAUUUGCAUGACAGUGCUGGCCACCAUGAGGAUCUACUGCAACUACCGCCGCGCCAAGCCGGUCACCAAGGAGGUGAUCAUGAGUGACCCUUACGCGGUCAAGCCCAUCCGCAAGCUCAUCGACGCCUGCGCGUUCAAGAUCUACGGCCACUGGGUCAAGAAGGGCCAAACUCAAAACAGAGCGGCACUGUUUGAGAACACUCCCAAGGCCAUCCUGCUGUCGAUGGCUGCCGAGGCAGACGAGCCGAUCCACCACAUCUGGUAACGAGCACGUUUUUUCCUCAGGGCAGAUGUGCUGCAGCGGCCCUUUGGACAGGAAGGAACUGGUGGAAAUUAGUGGCAGACAAGGUUGAAUGACCAUGUCGUUAAUGUGGACGCCUUAUUCAGCGAAUUUCAAAAGCACUAUUCAUUACUACGGUGCUAUUAUGUGAAGUGUGGCAGACAAGUCAUCUGUAACACUACAAGUAAGGAUUUGUUUCGCUGUUCAACAGCUUGCUUUUUCAUUAAAUGACUAGAGAAAUUAUUUAAUUUUAAGUAACAGUUCUCUACUGUACAGUAUGGCUGUGAAAAUGCUAUUGAUGCUUAUUUAAAACAAAUUAGGCAACAGCUACUCCGCAUAUAGUAUUAGACACAAUGCAACAAUCUCCAUAUCUCAAGUGGACCUGUUGUUUCCCUCAUUGCUUACUACAUGAAAUGGAAACAGAUUCUAAAGUUCAACAUUAGAAUAUUAAUUCAAUUUUUAUGGCAAUGUUCAUAGAGUUGAUUGAUUUCUUGUUGUAUUAACGAUUCCCAGGAGCAGCAUGUCACUCUUCACAUUAUAAAUGGUUUAAUUUGAACUGUGAAACCCGCGCUUAGCAGCUAUUGUAACUGAAAUAUGGAACAAAUUCGCCUUACUUGAAAUUGUGUUGGAUUACGUGUGUACCGUGUGGCUACUUGAUCCUUAUGCAGGAUGUAUUAUACUGGUAAAAGCUUCAAGAUAAGUUUUUAUGAUUAAAGCACUUAAUAUGUAUGCUAUGAAUUUAUUUAUUAAAACUUGCAUUUAGUUUAAAAUCCAA